UCUUCAGCUCUGUCGCUUGGAUAUGAUGGCUGCCACAGCUCUGUCCUGGUGUCUGGGCCUCUCCAUCAUCCUCCUGUCCCUGGCUACACCUUGGGCAUCUGCAGAGGUGAAGGACUGUCCCCAUCUUAAGUGCUUCUACAACUCGAGAGCCAAUGUCUCCUGUGAGUGGAGCCGGGAAGAAGUCCUUCAGGUCACCUCCUGCCACAUCCAAGCCAAGUCAAGCGUCCGGCCCUGGAAUAAAACCUGUGAGCUAUUUCCUGUGAAGCAGGCAUCCUGGGCCUGCAACCUGAUCCUCGGGGCCCUAGAUUCCCAAUCACUGACUGCUGCAGAUUCCCUCAACAUAAGCGUGGUGUGCUGGGAAGGGAAGGGCUGGCGCAGGGUGAAGACCUGCAAUUUCAGUCCCUUUGAGAACCUCCGCCUGGUGGCCCCUCACUCACUCCAAGUUCUACACAUUGAAACCCAGAGCUGCAACAUAAGCUGGGAGGUCUCUCAGGUCUCUCACUACAUCGAUAGAGCCUUGGAAUUUGAGGCCCGCACACGUUCACUGGGCCACAGCUGGAAGGAUGCACCCCUGCUAAGCCUUAGGCAGAGACAGCAGUGGAUCAACCUGGAGACGCUUACCCCUGACACCUCAUACGAGCUCCAAGUGCGGGUCAGGGCCAAACGAGGUGACCGUAGGACCUGGAGUCCCUGGAGCCAGCCCCUGGCUUUUCGAACAAGGCCAACAGAUUCCAGGAAGGAGACCCUAGCCCUACCGUGGCUCAGACACCUUUUACUGAGCCUUGGUUGUGUUUUUGGCUUCUUGGCCUGUGUCUACAUUUUAGUCAAGUGCCAGUACCUUGGCCCAUGGCUGAAGACAGCUCUCAAAUGCCACGUCCCAGACCCCUCUGAGUUCUUCUCCCAACUGAGCUCCCAGCACGGAGGAGACCUUCAGAAAUGGCUCUCCUCGCCCUUCCCCUCAUCUUCCUUCAGCCCCACUGGCCCUGCGCCUGAGAUCUCUCCACUAGAGGUGCUGGAGGGAGACAGCAAGGCCAUGCAGCUGCUCUUGCUACAGCAGGACACAGUCCCUUCACCCUCACCCAGCGGCCACUCCCAGGCCAGCUGUUUCACCAACCAAGGCUACUUCUUCUUCCAUCUGCCCAACACCUUCGAGAUUGAGUCUUGCCAAGUGUACUUCACUUACGACCCCUGCAUGGAAGAAGAGGUGGAGGAGGAUGGGCCAGGGCGGCCUGAGGGAUCUUCCCUCCCUUCUCUGCUCCCUCUGGCUGGUGAAGAGGAUGACUACUGUGACUUCCCACCCAGAGAUGACCUGCUGCUCUUCUCCCCCAGCCUGAGCUCCCCCAACACUGCCUUUGGGGGAGCAGUAGUCCCGGAAGAGAAGCCUCCCCUCUCCCUGCAGGAUGGACCUCCCUCCCUCCCAUCUCCUGACCCUCUGGAGCUGGUGCUGGGAGGUGAUGGAGAGAGGCUAUCUGCUCAAAGCUUGGGGGAGCAAGCCAGUGUCCCUGAAGGAAGCUCUUGUGAGCAAGGUCAGGGCAUGGCCCUGGCCUCUGUGCUGCCUCCAAACACUGAUGCCUAUCUGUCUCUUCAAGAACUACAGGCCCAAGAUCCAGCCCAUCUGGUAUAGACUAGGUUGGGUCAGGUUUGAGGGGGACUGGUUGAGGACUGUUCCUGGUUAUCUGCACCCCAACACUUAGUCAUCCACUUCUGAGCUCCACUUGCUGCUCU